GCAUGCAUAUGUAUUGUAAAUUUGGUGCGUGCAGAUUGAUUUGAGCUGAGUAUGGAUGCAAAAUCAAUAAGGCGGAGACAAGAAGUAGAUGAUGAAGAUGGUAUAUGGAAAUACGUGUUUGGGUUCACUGAAAUGGCUGUGGUGAAGUGUGCCAUCGAACUGGGAAUACCAGAUUUCUUGGAAAGCCAACAGCAAGCCGUGACACUUGACCAACUAUCAUCGGCCCUGGGGUGCUCUCCGUCCGCCCUAUACCGCAUUAUGAGAUUCUUGAUCAACCGGGGGAUCUUCAAGGAGGUGGAGAUCACGCCCUCAACAGAGGCAGCGUUGGCCUCCACUACCCCUUCCGCCCCCACCAGCGGUUAUGUUCAGACCCCGCUGUCUGCGCUUCUGACAAGAGACGGAGAGAAGAGCAUGGCCGCUUUCGUGCGGCUAGAGAGCAGUCCCGUGAUGCUUGCGCCGUGGCUGAAGCUAAGCGGACGAGUACUUUUAUCAUCAUCAUCAGGAGAUAAUAAUCUGCAUAACUGCAGUAGUAGUGAUGCAUUCGAGGCUGCAAACGGGAAGGACGUGUGGCGGUACGCAGAGAGUGAUCCAGCACACAGCAAGCUCAUAGAAGAUGCAAUGGCAUGCCACGCUAGGAUGGCUGUGCCCGCCAUCAUCCAGGCUUGCCCUGAUUUGCUCCUCCUCCAUGGGGAGGUGGUGGUGGUGGAUGUAGGCGGAGGUGAUGGAACUACUGUUGAAAUGCUGGUCAAGGCAUUUCCCGGGGUCAAAGGAAUUAACUUUGAUCUCCCUCACGUUGUGUCGGUCGCCCCAAAACGCCCCGGUGUCCACCACGUUGGGGGAAAUAUGUUUCAACGUAUUCCAAAAGCCGAUGCUGUUUUUCUCAUGUGGGUGUUGCAUGAUUGGGGAGACGAAGAGUGCAUCCAGAUAUUGAGCAAGUGCAGAGAGGCAAUUCCAGAGGAAACUGGGAAAGUGAUAAUAGCGGAGGCAAUACUGACGGAAAUCAUCAAUGGUUAUGAAUUAGGCACUAUCCCUAGGAUGAAGAACAACACCAACACUAAGAAUUCGAAGCUGCAGGAAAAAGACCAUAACAAUAAUAAUAGUUAUGAAGUGGGGUUGAUGCUAGAUAUGGUGAUGAUGGCUCACACUGGGAAUGGCUUGGAAAGGACUGAAAAACAAUGGUCGCACGUUCUUACUGCCGCUGGAUUCAAAUCAUACACUGUCACCCCUACUUCCGAUGUCGUUUCCAUUAUCCAGGCCUGGCCCUGAAUAUUAAUUACUUUUUUCCUUUUCCAAUAAUAAUAAUCAGAUACCUUGGGACAUGCAAUGCAAUGCAUGCAUGAGAAAUAUAAUCCAACUUCAAACUUAAAUAAUCCACUCAUUUUUUACAUCACGGCAUCCAUUGCUGAGUUGAUGGUCAUGCUGCUGCCAGCUAGUCUUCCACAGUGUAUAGGUGGUGUCGUGGUGAUAUGCGAAAUUAAAGAGUGGACAAGAUAAACAGACAUUGAUGCUGGCAAGAAUGGUAGGUCAGACUUCAGAGCGUCAGUUGGGCUAGUAUUACAUUUUUUCCAGGGUCAGAGUUACUUUAUGUUGUGUUAAUUAAUGUUCAUUGAUAUAUAUGAUAUUGCA